AUGAUUGAUACUGUUGGCACCCUUGGUAAAUACAGCGACUUCGAUGAGGAACUCGAGUUCGCGGCUUUGGGGGGCAUCAAGUACGAACAGAUAGUCUCCUGGAGACAAUUGAAAGGCAGGAAUCUCGGCAAGUCGACCAUGAACAAGGACUUCGACAAAAGAAAGUACGGCUCGGCGGCCGCCGGUGGUGUGCAAUAUCAGCUGGCUGGUUUCCCUCCAAACCACAAGGCUUGGCGUGAAGAGCCCUGGAAGAGUCACAAACCUUCGAAGCGCGACAUUAGCAAGAAGUCAGGCUUCGAUUCUGAUUUUCCGAAGUAUGUUUGGUCAGGCCCUCAGACACGGUGCUUCGAGCUAACUCAUGCGAAGCACCUUUCAAUUAGCAGCUUACGUUCGAGUGCCCCUAUUAAUACGGGGGCUCUCUGA